AAAGCUUAGAUGAACGGUGAGUUGACUUCUCUCCGAUUUUGACCCAAUCAUCUCUCGCCACGUCAUAGGAUACUGCGUCCUCUGCAAUCCAUACGCUGAACCGGCACCUUCUCUGUCUCUCCCCCAAAUCGAAAACCUAAUUCGAUCGUCGUCUCCGACCUACAUCCGCCGGAAAAUAACUUUUGACCAUGGAUUUCAGGAUUGAUAAUGGUGUAGCUGCUGGGAUGAUGAUGGGGAUUCCUGUUGAGCUUGAGGUUACCACGGUUGAGAAUCAUAAUGAAAUGGGUGAAAGCUCUGGUCAAGCAAUGAUUGAGCAAGAUGAUGACAACCAUAAUGAACUUGGUGAAAAUUCUGGUGAGCAAGAUGAGAAGGUGGAUCCUGAUUCUAUUCCUCUGGCAGUUGCAGAUAUGACAGAGGCUCAAGGGGAUGAGCCUUAUGUCGGCCAGGAGUUCGAAUCUGAAGCAGCGGCUCAUGGUUUUUAUAAUGCGUAUGCUACUAAAGUAGGAUUCGUCAUCCGUGUUAGUAAACUGUCACGGUCAAGGCAUGAUGGAUCUCCCAUAGGCAGGCAACUUGUUUGUAACAAGGAAGGUUACAGGUUGCCUAGCAAACGGGACAAGGUUAUUAGACAAAGAGCGGAAACAAGGGUUGGAUGUAAAGCAAUGAUCUUGAUUAGAAAAGAAAAUUCUGGUAAAUGGGUUAUCACAAAGUUUGUCAAGGAGCAUAAUCACUCUUUGAUGCCUGGCAGAGUUCGAAGGGGUUGCAUUUAUGAUCAAUAUCCGAACGAACACGACAAAAUUCAGGAACUGAUGCAGCAGCUAGCAGCAGAGAAAAAGAGAGCGGCUACUUACAAAAGGCAUCUGGAGAUGCUAUUUGAACAGAUCGAACAGCAUAACGAAAGCCUAUCUAAGAGAAUCCAACACAUAGUAGACAAUGUGAGGAAUCUGGAACAAAGAGAUCAUCAACAGAACCAGCAAGUAUAGUCUUUUGGUCUCUGGUUUUGCCUUGUUGAUUCUUCAGCAGUUUGAUUUAGGAGAUAGAUCUUCUCUUCUUUAUUCCUCAUUUUCUCUCUUUAAUAAAACAUUUUCUUGUCG